AUGAAAGGUCUGAGAAAAGCAAAGAAAUAUAACUGGAAGGGCAGCAAUAUGGUCCAUACAUAUGUAUUAUUCAUGUACUGUCUUGCAGAAGCGUCCGUCCUGGGUGAGCCAGGAUGGAAAAAUGCAGGAAAGCAGCCUGGGCUUCACAUCUGGAGAAUUGUGAACUUCACAGUCACAGAGUGGCCCAAGGAAGACUACGGAAAGUUUUACAACGGUGAUUCAUACAUCAUCCUAAAUAGCUAUAUAGAAGGAACUUCUGCUGACCACCUGAAGUACGACGUCAAUUAUUGGAUUGGUUCGAAGAGCUCACAAGUUCCAUUGAGUAAAGACAGCCUAAAUUCCGACGACGUCUUUAUUCUAGAUGCUGGUACAACUCUAUGGCAAUACAACGGCAACAAUGCUAGUAGUGAUAAGAAAGCUUGGUCGACGGAAUACCUGAAGGAUAUUAAAGAAAUGAGGGGUGGCCAUUGCAAGGCAGUAGUUGUUGAUGAACACAGUAUCAGUGAGGAUCAUGACUUCUACCAGUUACUUGAGCCUGAUGAAUAUGGAAGUGAAGAAGAGGAAUGUGAAAUACUAGGAGAGAAAAAACUGUUCUGGUAA